AUGAGCGCUGCAUACCACGCCCCUCAACUCGUCGCCUACGACAGCCAUGUUCUCUCCUCCUACCCUUCAGCCGUUGCCCAGGCCAGAGGGCCCAAGGCCGUCGUCGCCGAGGCUGCGAGAGCCCCCCAGUACCCCAGAUACCCUCAGUCGACAAAUACCUACCCCCAACCACAGCCGGUGGUAAACCCUGCCUCCGCUACUAGCCAGUACUCCACCACCUCGAAGCACUCCACCCGCCCGUCGACACCGACAUCAGGCGCCAUCAACAAGACUGAUGGCACCUCUUCACGGAGAGGCUCCUCUACCUUGGUCUUGCACAGCCUGCAAAUCCCCAGCUGUAUCAACCCCAAGGGCGGUAAUCUGGCAGACUUCGCCGCCGAAAUUACGUGCCUCUUCUGGUUCGAAUCGAUGGACACGUUGCGAGCCGCCGAGAAGAUCCGAUCCCGUCCUCCUACCGCUACCGUCCCCCGCUUGACCGAGUAUGCGACGCCCUUUCCCCAGUUCAAGAAAUGGGCCUACAGCGUUCUGUCGACGACACAAGUGACGCAAAACGUCAUUCUGCUGGCUUUGCUUUUCGUCUACAGGCUGAAGACGACGAACCCGGUGGUUAAGGGCCGAUCCGGCAGCGAGUAUCGAUUGCUGACGGUGGCCCUGAUGCUAGGCAACAAAUUCUUGGAUGACAACACCUACACGAAUAAGACGUGGGCCGAAGUGUCGGGUAUCUCGGUACAGGAGAUCCACGUAAUGGAAGUCGAAUUCCUCAGCAACAUGCGCUACAGUCUGCUGGCCACCAAGGACCAGUGGGAGGAGUGGUUGGUCAAGCUGGCCUGUUUUUCCGAGUAUUACGAGCGUGCUCAGAAGCAACCGACAUCGCCUCUGAACAAGUCCUUCACCUCACCGGUGCCGUCGCCCACCGCCGCCAUGCAGCCUGCCGUCUCGUUCCCUCCCUUGACCCCUUCUGCUACCGCUAUCUUCUCGCCCAGCACCGUCGCCCAACCGAGCGCCCAAGCAUGGCCCUCGACUUACAACCCACCUGUCUCGCCCUUGUCUGGUAAGCACGCCAACAUGAAUGGCAGGAAGAGGUGCUCAGAGGAGGACGUUACCGAACCUCCGGCGAAGCGAUUUUCGAGACAGCCCAGCACCAUGCCUCCUGUCGCCCGACCCCCUGUUGUUGGCGAGCAGCCGAUACGUCUCCCGGUUCCCAAUUUGACGCUCAACACCAACCCUGCUUCCUCUCAAAUGGUGUAUCCCCCGACAACCACGUACGCUUCGCAGGGUCAUGUCUCGCUUCCACCUCUGGGUAACGGAGUUCGCGCAAUGGCGACUGUCUAUCCUUCUGCGGCGGCCACCACAUCGAUGCCUCAACUGCCGAUGCCAGCGCCCGUCUCAAUGCCUCAGGCUUCGCUCACACCAGCUACUGUCCCGAUGCAUCCUGCCAUCGGCUACGGCACGCCAACCAAGAGACACAGCCCCGGCAGCCUGUCGGUGUACGCUUCAUCACCACUGGGCGAGCAAUUCCCGGCCUCUGUCAUCCACACCCCUAUUGCGCAUACGCCCAUCUCUCACUCGCCUAGCGUUUACCUGCAACAGCGACCGAGUCCGUACAAGCCGAUCCGUCAUGUCAAUACCCUACUCUACCCACCGCCGUCGGCCUCUCUGAACGAGUAUCACCUGCCGACCACGCAAAUGCACUACCAGCCUCUUGGCAGGCGCAACGACCUACGAACUGGAGUUGUUCCUGAGUUCAUGAACAACCCCUACAGAAUGAGCCAGAUGUCUCAGAUUCCCCAUGGUCUUCCUCAGGGACCGUACCCCAACUAG